AUAGCAAACGUGGCGAGUGACUUCAGUCAAUGCUACCAAAUUUACAUUAAUACCCCUUUCUCAGAAUAUCUAAAUUUGACCAAUUGACCAAGUCAACCAAAUCCUCAGCUAACCGUUGUUGUUUUCCAAAUUUCCACUACCUCCAUGACCCAUCACACUCCCCCCCGCAUAACUAACUGCCCAACUUCGAACUCGCACUCAAGUCCCUUAUAUUUAGCCAACCCACAACUCCAAAACACUUCAUAACAUAGGAAACUCUCUUUUCAGUGACUUUUCAUUCUUUGCCUUGCAUUUCCAAAGCUUUUAGUACAUAUAUACCUAUUUGCUACCCAAAGAGCUCUCCAAAAUCUUCCAAAUGGCUUCUGAAUCCAUGAUGAUCAUGAGUUUCACCACCCUAACUCUGCUCUUGCUUCUCUCUUGCUCUCAUCUUCUCUCCGUCGCGUCCUUUCAGUUUGAAGUUGGUGACAACCAGGGUUGGGUCGUUCCCCCUGCAAAUGACAGCAAAAUCUAUAACGACUGGGCCUCUGAGAACCGCUUCCAGAUCGGCGACACCGUCCAUUUCAAGUACAAGAAGGAUUCAGUUAUGGAAGUGAGUGAGUCAGAGUACAAGAACUGCAACUCCACACACCCCACCUUCUUCUCCAACACCGGGACCACAGUGUACAAACUCGACCGCCCUGGGCUUUUCUACUUCAUUAGUGGAUCAGCCGGACACUGCCGGAGAGGACAGCGAAUGAUCAUAAAGGUGUUGUCUCAUGAAGAUGCUCAAUCCGGUGGUAGUGGCGGCGGUAGUUCAUCUGCUUCUACAGCUGUUGCAGUGCUAUCCUAUGGAGGACUCAUUGCCCAAUUUGCUUUUUUGUCAUAUAUCUUCUAGGACUCUAGGCUAGGUUAAAAUUUAGUGGCAUCCUGUUUUAGUAGUAAAGUAGUAACCUUUGUUUUACUGUUUCUUCGCAUAUGUUGGGCUGUUAUUAUGAAAUCUAUGUGUUUGGUUUUGUUUAAGACAAUUGUAUUGGAGUUAUCUCAUUUUUCAGUAUAGUUAG